CUAUCACUCUCUCCCCCGUCUCUCUCUCUCACACUCUCUCUCUCCCUCCUCUGCGAUCGAUUCCGCGGCCUGUGGCGGUUGGCGGGUUGUGCGGGUGACUGCAGCAGGCGCCAGUUGCCAGCGUGUUGCCGGGGCAGAGGAGGAGGAGGAGGGGGGAGUGUUGGUCCGACCUGCGUUUCGUUUUAACUUCAGCCGGAUCCCCCACCGUGUCAUCGAUGGCGAGAGAAAACACGAUGAAGCUGUCGAAGAAUUUGUUGAAGAUGAAGUUUAUGCAGAGGAGUUUGGAUACGGAGACCAAACAGCAAUUGGAAGAAGAGGAGAAAAAGAUAAUUAGUGAUGAGCACUGGUAUUUGGACUUGCCAGAACUGAAAGAAAAAGAAAAUCAUGUUAUUGAAGAAAAAAGUUUUGUGCCUUGUGAAGACUUGCUGUUUGGCCGAAUGUCUUUUAAAGGUUUUAAUCCAGAGAUUGAGAAACUAGUAGCACGGAUGUAUUCUCAGAGUGAAAAUGAAGAGCCUGAAGAUCAAAUUAAUAUGGAAGUAGACGUUUCAGAUGAAGAAAUGGCGAAGAGAUACGAGACCUUAGUGGGAUCCAUAAAAAGGAAGUUUACCAAGAAGCGAGAUCGAUCAACUCUUCAAGAAGAAACAGAAGGUAGCAAGAGAGGUGGCAAAGUCAAGAAGACAUUCAUGAAGCCUCAAGAAUAAAUGACACAAGUGUGGCUUUAAAUAUUUUCAUAAACAAGAAGAUAGACUUCCUGUCUGAAACUGCAGCAGCUGGCUGUUUAUUGUUAAUUAAGGAAAUGUAUGCUUUGUUUGCAUCGAAGUUUAGAGUUGGUAAGUGUUGCAGGUUGUUGCACUGAGUAAUUUGUGAAGGGAAAUUAUUUUGCUGUUUCCUUGUAUUGAAAGGAUACUGGCUGUUUUCCCUUGCAUACCCGUGGUAUGUUACAGCAUCUGCUCAAGUGAUCAGUUCAAUUAUGCUCAGUGUUGACUUUAAGGGAAAACUACCUUGGGACAGAAAUAUCCAAGUAUAUAUAUGACAGUAUAUAAAGAUCCAAACAUAAUAUAUACGAUUUUAUAUUUCUCACAGGAAAUGAAAUAGUCUUCCCUUCCGAUGGACUUUUCUACUGAUAAUAACUUAAAUUACUAAAAAUAUAAAUAUCCUGUGAUGAGAAUGUUCAGGUUUCUUAUCCCUUCUAUGAAAUGAAAAUACGCAUUAGGAAGCUGAAUCAAGAAUGUGAGGAUUUGAAGUCUCUGUAGCCGAGCAGGUUUCCAAAUAAAUCCUGAGAUUAGAUUUGUACAUGCUGCUAGUUAGACUGUCCCUCUCUAUCAAUGGGGUGGUUGUGUGAUUUUUCCCUUCCACCAGGAACAUUGCUCAGAACCACUGAAAUCAUUCUUUCACGGCAAAUUGGAAGGUCAGCUGCUUUGUAACAGCAGAACCAUUACAUUAUUUAACAGGCAAUGUAUAAUACAACAUAUUUGAACAUCAUGUUAACCUUCAGCUUGUUUUGAAAAAUUAAAGUACAUUUAAAAAUCCUGAA